AUGGCUCGCGGUUUCUCACUGUCGCGCGGGCCGGCGCAACCCGUGGCAACCCCCACCAGUAAUGAGCAACUAAAUUCUGCUCGCGUCUGGACGCCGCUGCGUGAAAACCAUUUUGAGCCGCCUCUACUGUCAUCGCGCGAGCGCGCUUACCUCGUGCGCAAGUCGUGCGAGGCGUCUCUGGAGCUCGUUGGACGCACACGCAGUACUGGUGGGCCCGUUGCGUGGCGUCAUAUUGAAAAGAACAGUGGUGUUCAGAUCUACUCGGGUACUUUGCGCACCACAGCGACUGACGCUGCGCUUACAGCCACCAUAAUGUGUGGUGUUACUAGUGUACCAGGCACUGUCACGGAGGUGGCAUCGCUCUUUCAAUUGGGUUCAACACGUCAGAUGAAGGAAUUUGCUCGAGCUCAUCGAGAGUGGUUCUAUGACGGUGUUCUGCUGCAUACAUUGGCUCCACGAACAAAGGAGAAACCAUUGCAUCAAGUGACGGCCAAAUGGACGGUCAUGCAAAUGCCACAAGGCUUGGCACACCGUGACUUUUGUUUUUUAGAAUGUCAAGACAAAUUUAUUGAUUCAAAAGGACGAAAAGGGUGGGUCUUGGGGCAGCAUUCGAUUAAAUUACCAGGUUGUGAUGAUCUAAAGAGAGAGUUUGGGUUCAUACGUGGCAGUAUGUACCACUCAGGUUUUGUUGUUGUAGAAAGUGAGGAACGAGCUGGACAUGUGGAUGUGAUUCACUUAGUGCAAUUGAAUCUUAAGGAUCACACGCCAGUGUCUGCGAAUUUGCUACGUGCAAGAGUGAUGUUUGUUGCGCAGGUGCGCAAUAUGCUGCGCAGCAAACGUUUGAAUGAGCAGCGCUACCUAAGCGACCUGGAACUUGUGCCGCGGAAGUAUCGAGCCAGAUGUGCAGUGUGUCAAGACUCGUUCUCGCUCUUGCUUUUAAGAAAACUAAACUGUAGAAAGUGUGGUGAAGUAGUCUGUGCUGCGUGCAGCAAGGAGUUUCCAAUUGAAAAUCGGAAUUUUGCCUCGACCAACGGUCAAGAUGAGGUGCGCAAACUGCGUAUUUGUAUGCAUUGCUUUCAAUCGAUUACCAACGCUCCCAAGCCGACAUCAGCCCUGGUGGAACCACCACAUUCAUCGACCAUGUCGAUGAGUUUCUUGGGUUACCGUGACGACGAACAGCAAGCUUCAUUAAUGACGUUGCCGGCAAAUGGUCAUCAAAGUCAUCAAAGAGAGGAACAAAUGAAGAUUUACAUGCAGUCAAUGCGCCGUGAUAAGCCCUCGCGUCAUCGCAUGUCUAGUACGUUGCCGAUUCCUGACUUCGGUGAGGAUGUCUUGCCAUCAAAUUCGCGUCAUCGUACACGAGGAGGACCAGAUGGGGAGUGGUACCGGGGAUCGCAGCAGCAGUACCAAAAGCAACAGCUAAAUAGCAGCUUUUCUCUUGAUUAUCGUGAUAACGAACGAUUGCGGUCAUCCAACUUCCGACCAAACCAAAGCCUGUCAUUAGAUGACCCCAUUGCUAGAGGUGAAGGACCCUACGCGAUGCAAAGGCCAGGACCAGCAGUCCCUACGUCUAUUUUCGAUCGUCCGAACAGCGAAGAUAAUCGACGUACUCACAGCGUCAUGCCACGCAGUCGCAGCACUGACAUGUUACUAGGAGCAAGUGAACACAAUAUGAGCAACUUUAGUCGACUGCAAGUCCUGAGUAGCCGAGAAAGACUUAAGCAACUUCAGCUUGAAGAUAACAUGAUGUUAAAUAGCGACCACCGCAUGCCAGAUGCUUACAUGUCUGCGUUGGAGCAGGCAAGUCGUGACAAACUAGACUUUGAUGCACCACCUGCAAUGUACCAUGCUCCAUCUAGCGAAUUGAGCGCAUAUAACGCCUCGUUACAGGAUCACUCGGUGAUCCCAACUGACUUUGGGCCGUAUGAUCUAGCAGUGGACAACCAAAAUGGCCCGCCACCACUAGGCUUAAGUGCACUGACGUCAAAUAGCCCAUUCGAUUAUGAUAAUUCGGCCGCGAUGCCGCCAACGGCUCCUAGAUAUGGUGAUCAUGAACGAGAUCUUCUACGUCGACGCGAACGCGAAAUUAGACUGCGCCGUCAAUCAGCAAGCUCGGACUCUUCUGCAUUUUCCAUCGACAUUGACUCGUACGACGACUCAGUGAGUUUUCCUCUGGCUCAACCAAUUGCAGAGAAUUUUAAGUCACAGGAUGAAAGUGGUGAACGUAUGAUGUACAACACUCCGCCAUUUGAUAUACCAAAUGUUGCAACUUCAAUUAGCAAGUUAAUGAAAGAGACUUAUGUUCGCGAGGUUGAUGAGGACUCGGAGACAUCGAUGGGUGCGUCGGACGACGAAGAAGACGAUGGUAACAGUGCCAAGCUUAAUUCCUUACUUCCCUCUUCUUUUGACGAUGAUGCUCAGGAAUCAAAGGGCCACGGAUUGGAUCAAACUUUGGCGUUACCGUCCAUGUUUUCGUCAGCUCAAAAGCCCCCAAGCAAUGGUUACGAGCGCCCGGAUCUGUCUGCUGCCUCAAAUGAGAUCAAGGUGCCCGUGAAAAAAAAGAAACAUCCGUCCCCGAUCAAGGCUAAAAGCAAUUUUACUGCAAAAGAAAAGCAGCUGCAACGGUCCAAUGUAAAAGAUAUCACUAAUAAUGUGUACCACCGAGAGUUUCAAGUCGGAAAACGCGCCGAGCAGAUGUCUCAAAACGCGCAAGGACGCCAUGAUGGUGCUGGAGAGGCUGCAUUGCGCAGUGAUGCUAUUUUUUUCAAGCACGAACAGCAGAUUUCUGAAACUGAAGAUGGCUUUGAUUCCAGUUUUGUUGACCGCGAUAUUAAUUAUCCUCAGCCAAAUAUGCGGCAGCUGGACAGCGAAUCCUCUAAUAUCAACAGGUUACAGACCUGCGAUGGCGCACCUGAAGUUCAAGAAAAACACGGCGUGUCCGCAUUUUCAGCGAUUCGAAAAGCCCCACCUACUAUUUCAAACAAAUCUAAGAACGAAGUGUUGCCUUCGUCCGAGCACUUACGAUUGUCUUUCAGGGAAGAGCAUCAUGAUCGUACUCAAGCAUGCGAGAAUACGACAUCAAUGUCUGACAAUGCUGCAGAUGGAAACCAGCAAAUCUGUGUUGAUAACAGCAGCCUGCGCGCAUCUAAUGAAAUGUCGCUUUCGUCAGUCCUUCAAAGCAGUGCACGUGGCAGCAGUAUUUGUAGCUUGGGGCUAGAUUCGUUUACGCCUCCUGCAAUCCCCUCUUCAUCGCCAUUUUCCAAUCACAGCUUUUCGACCUCACCUACUGCUGUUACCAGUCAAAAGCUCGCAGCAAAUAGUCGAAGCACCAACUCUGAGGGGUCAACUCUAUCGCAGAGCGACGGCACCUCGUCGCCGUCUCUUCCUGGUCGUUUCAGCACGUUAGAGCAGCUCCAUAUAGAACAGCGUAUGGAGGCAGGUCCCCCAACCAUCGCAGGCAAAGGGACAACUCAGACAAUCGUCAGCUAG